AUUGUCAUGUUGUGUGUUAGCGUUGGUGCAUGGCAUGGGCGCACGGGCGAGUGUGGAGGAAGGAGGAAGCACCAGCCGAACUCGUAAAGAACAAAGGUGGCUUCCAUGGCCUGCCACCGGUACCGUACCGGUACGACAGAACCAGUGUGCUCUUGAAGUCUUUGUACUCUCGCCGUCUCGGCGUCUCGGAGUUAUUAGGACGGGAAGAUCCUUGUUCCGAAGGCGGAGAACCCCCCCGAGAGUCGAUUGUGCGAUUGUACGGUAGUCUCGCCGUCUCGGAGUUAAGCGGGGAAGAUCCUUGUUCCGAAGGCUUCCAAGCAGUGGAGCCCGAGAGUCGAGUCAAUUCAAGUCGAUCGAGUUGUCGUUGUCAAGUCGAGACACAAGAAGCCAAAAACUGCGGAGCCACCUUGACGAAAAUUAAUCAGCUCCAAGCCAUCGGUGUCAGACCGGCUAUUCGAGUACACCGCUGCCAGUAUCUUACUAUAUUUAGUACCGAUAUAACUACUUCCUAAAAGAUCGAUCCAUCAUGGCAACCCCGUUAGAGAAGUCCUUAGUUCUGGUGCCAAAAUUCACGGGUGGAUUGUCAAUGAUUGGUUCUUGUCUCAUUUGUUGGACCAUUCUAAAAGAUCCUCGUGCCAAUUUUCGCAAGUCCUAUCAUCGGCUCAUGUUCGGCAUUGGCUUUGGCGAUGUCUUCUAUUCUUUGACCAUGUUUCUUUCAACGUGGCCGAUUCCCAAGGACGAUCCCAAUGCACCUUGGUUGGCUUCGGGGAAUGAGGCGACAUGCCUCGCUCAAGGCUUUGUCCAAGUGCUCUUUGCGCCUACCCCUUACUACAACGCCUUCUUGGGCAUUUAUUAUGCGUCGGUGGUGGUUUAUAGUUGGCCCGAAACCCGGAUUUUCCCUUAUGAAAUGACCGGCCAUGCCGUGGCUUUGAUCUUCGGUGUCACAACCUCCAUUAUCGCGCUCGUUCAAGGCAAGAUUGGUAAUGCCGUACGCUGGUGCACCCUUAUCGAUAUCCAUUUCGCACUGUUGGCAACUGUCCUUUGGCAAUGGGUGGCCUGCAUUGUGCUGGUUGUCAGCAUGACCUUUUUGUGGUGGAAAGCAAGCGGGCAAUUCAGAAGAACUCAGAGAUACGGAGAAGCUGCCAUUCGUAAAAGUCAAGCACAAGACCACGCGGCCAGUGCCACCGGUGGUUCCAAUACAAUGUCAUCUUCUACCACUGAAAACCGAUCCACCCCCACCACCAAUCCCAUGCAACUUAUCACCACUCAAGCCUUUCUCUAUGCAGCCGCCUAUUUUGUCACACAGGUCCCAAGUUUCAUCUGGACGGCGGCCUAUUACAUCAACCCCCAACUAGAAACUCCUGCGUGGAUCCAGCUUUUCAUUGUCAUUGCGUACCCACUCCAAGGAUUCUGGAAUUGUCUCAUCUAUUUCCGCCCUCGAUACUUACAACACCAACAGAGGAAAAGACAAGAGAUGGCUAGAAGUACCAAAGCGUCCGAAGGAAUGCCGAGUCAGUUUCAACCACAACCGCAAACGGGCGGACAUGACGAGGUGGAGGGGCAGUAAAAGACAGAGGAGGAGCUGAUUUGAAGAAAAGGAAGAUUGGGCUAUUACAUGCAUACAUGUAGAAGUUCUGCAUAUACUCUAUCUGGGCUUGCCCAGUUGUAUUCCAUCUAAUAAAGACAUGAGAUAUGUUCUGCUGGUUGGGGUAGUGGCUGGAACUGAGGCCUUUGUCGCACUCAUAAAGCUGUUCAGGGGUUUGGUUUCAUGAGUCGAGUCAAACUUGACAAAGUGAAUCGAAGUGACUUUGAGCACCAUGAGUGGUUUGUCGGGUUGUACCCCACCAGAUGCCGAACCAGCCCUCCGCUGCUGACCUUUGGCUUCUCAUCCUCCGCCACUGCUUUCGCCAUGAGCGGAACUGUGCAGCGAUUGACCCAGAGCAGUGUCUGACAAUUCCUUUACUAAAUAUAGGGAUGAACUACCGCCACUUUUGGAACAAACCCAAUCCCAACUCUUGAUGGCA